AUGGCAGUCUUGCCAAACAACUGCAUUUUCACGGAUCGAGGUGGCAUUACGGAAAACAUGCACUAUAUCCACGCUGCUGUCGUCGAUGCCAGCGGGACUCUGCUCUACUUUGUUGGUAAUCCCUCACGGGUUACACUAGCAAGAUCUACUGCAAAACCGGCACAAGCGCUGGCCAUUCUGGAAACGGGCGCGCUAGACCAGUAUGGCCUUGACGAUGGCGACGUUGCCCCGAUGUGUGCCUCUCACAGCAGCGAGCAUGUACAUGUCGCGCGGGCGACAGACAUGCUGCGCAAAAUCGAUGCCCGCGAGCAAGACCUGCAAUGCGGGGGCCACGCAUCUCUCUCGGAAACGGUCAAUGCGGGCUGGAUCAAAGCCAGCCUGGUACCCUCCGCUAUACACAGCAACUGCUCUGGCAAGCACGCCGGAAUGAUCGGUGGCGCUAAGGCCCUGACCACGCGGAGCGACGGGUACCAUCUCCCCGGACAUCCGAUGCAGGUCAGGGUUCAGCAGGUCUUCUCCGAGCUCUCAGGCCUAGACGCGCAAGAUAUCGAAUGGGGCAUUGACGGGUGCAAUUUGCCUGCUCCGGCGCUCCCGCUAAUGAAUCUUGCGCGCGUCUACUGCGGUCUCGCAGCGUCCGCUGACGAGGCCGCCGUGUCCAGCGCGGCUCCAGCACCAAGGAGCCAACACUUGUCCCGCAUCUUCGGCGCAAUGGCUCAGAACCCGCGGCUGGUUGCCGGUCAAGGCCGGUUCUGCACAGUUCUUAUGGAGGCAUACAAGGGCGUUCUCGUCGGUAAGCUCGGAGCAGAUGGGUGCUACGGCGUUUCUGUGCGGGUGUCAGACCAAACAAUUGCGCUUGGAGCGGAGGGCGCGAUUGGCAUCGCAGUGAAGGUGGAGGACGGUAAUAUUGGGAUACUAUAUUCGGCGGUGGUGGAGAUAUUGCAGCAGCUUGGUAUUGGGACGACGGCAACCUGGGAGGUUCUGGAAGGGUUUCAUCGCCCAAGGCUCAUCAACACAGCCGGUAUGGUGACCGGGUCGCUUCAUUUUUCAUUCAGGGUGCAGAGAGCGUCUUGA